AUGGCCUCAAAGCCAGGCAGCAGGAUGAGGAAAUGGCUGGGGAAGAGCUUGGCCAACUCCAUAGUCUAUUCUUGUUCCAGCAUUCAAGUGGGCAUCUGCACUCUCUGGCUGGACAUCUCUCCACCUUUCCCAGAGCCUGACAUGCACUCCCAGCCUGGACAGAUCAUCCUGCAAAGUAACGAAGGGUCUGUCUCCAUGUUUUAUGCUGCCCUCGGCUACAUGGGCUUCCUGGCAGCUGUCUCCUUCAUGGUGGCUUUCCUAGCCAGGAAGCUGCCUGGGGCCAAUGAAGGCAAGCUGAUCACCUUAAGCAUCAUACAGGAGCUGAUGUAUUCAGACCUUCUGCCCUUCAUGUUUGCUAUUGAGAAAAUCAGUAAACAACCCAGGCUCCUACCCAACAUCACUCUGGGGUACAACAUCUAUGAGAGCUAUUCCAAUGCAAAAAUGACUUAUGAUGGAGUGGUAGACCUGCUCUCAGGUGGACAGAUGCAUGUUCCAAACUACAGGUGCGGAAGACAAAAUAAUAUCUUGGCUGUUCUUGAGAGGGGCGAUUCUGUAACCUCCCACCAGAUUUCAACCAUUGUAAGCAUCUACAAAAUACCUCAGAUCAGCUAUGGUUUUGUUAAUCAGGUGCUCAGAGAUGAAACUCAGGUGCCUUUUUUCUACCAGUUGGAUCGAAAGCAUGACUCCUAUUUCAUGGGGAUUGUGAAGAUGCUGCUGCAUUUCAGGUGGACUUGGAUCGGUCUCCUUGCUCCAGACAGUGACAAAGGAGAACAAUUCCUGAGGACUUUGACCCCUCUGAUAAUCAGGAGUGGGAUUUGCAUUGCCUUCAUGGAAAGCAUUCCAGAAUUGAAUGACAAACGCAAGGUGUUAAGUUUCCGGAAGUCUUCAUUUUUCAUGCAAAGAAAGUCAAAUGUAGCUGUUUACUAUGGGGACUCCCACACCAUGAUCAUGCUGGGAUUGAUGAUCAAAUAUACUGAAAGAGCAAAAAAAUCCAUUGUGGGGAAAGUUUGGAUCACAGUAGUCUUGCAUGACCUCAGCUUGAGGGGCUUUUUCAAAUAUUUUGAUCUCCAGCACAUCCAUGGUUCUUUUUCCUUUUUGAUCCAUGCAAACACAAAGACCAAAUAUGACAAUUGGAAUUCCUUUCUUUUGACUCUCAAUAAAAUUGGGGAGGGAGCAUUUCAUUGUUCAUAUUCAAAUCAUGGGUUGUCUGUGAAAGGUGGGGAAAGAUGCAGAGAGAAAGAGGAAUGGGAGCCACCAUCUCAGGAUGAGCUAGAAAGUAUCCUGUCUCAAGACAGCUACAGCAUUUACAACUCGAUCCAGGUGGUGGCACUUGCCUUGAAUGCGGCCUACUUGUCCAGAUCUAAUCGGAGGUCGAGUAGAGGCUGGCUGAGACUUCAGAAGAUGAAGCCAUGGCAGCUUCAUCCUUUCCUCAGAAACUUCCAGUUUUUUAAUCAUUCCAUGGAAGGAGUCUCUUUUGACAAGAAUGGAGACAUGGCCGUCAACUUUGAUAUUGUGAACUGGAUGGUGAAACCCAAUCGGUCAAUUGUUCGAAUUAACGUUGGCAGAGUAGAGAGACAAACAUCUGCAGAGAUCACGUUCACCAUCGAUCAAGAUGUCAUUGUGUGGCCCAGAUGGUUUAAUGAGACCCUGCCUCGUUCUAGGUGCACCAAGAGCUGUCCACCUGGAUACGCCAAGGCGAUUAAGGAAGGAGAGCCUCUCUGCUGCUAUGAUUGUCUUCCAUGUGCGGAAGGGACAGUCUCCACUCGGGAAGAUGCAAGUCAUUGCGAUAAAUGUCCAGAAGAUCAGCAUCCAAAUAAGAUCCGAGAUCAAUGUGUCCCCAAGCGCAUAACCUUCCUGUCCUAUGAAGAACCUUUGGGGAUCAUCCUAAAUUUCUUUAUUCUUUCCUUCACUCUAAUCACAAGUUUUGUUUUGGGAAUCUUCAUUAAAUACUUAGAAACUCCAAUUGUCAAAGCCAACAAUCGGGACCUCUCCUACGUUCUCCUCAUCUCCCUCCUGCUUUCAUUUCUCUCCUCUUUUCUCUUCAUUGGUCAGCCUGGGAAGGAGACCUGCCUUCUCCGACAAACUGUCUUCAGCAUCAUCUUCUCCGUUGCCAUCUCCUCUGUGUUGGCCAAGACUGUCACUGUGGUGGUGGCUUUCAUGGCCUCACAGCCAGGCAGUAGGAUGAGGAAAUGGCUGGGGAAGAGCUUGGCAAACUCCAUUGUCUUUUCCUGUUCCGGUAUUCAAGUGGGCAUCUGCACUUUCUGGUUGGGUAUCUCUCCCCCCUUCCCAGAGGCUGACAUGCACUCCCAGCUCGGACAGAUCAUCCUGCAAUGUAACGAAGGGUCUGCCACCAUGUUUUACGCUGCCCUCGGCUACAUGGGGUCUGUCUCCAUGUUUUAUGCUGCCCUCGGCUACAUGGGCUUCCUGGCCGCUGUCUCCUUCAUGGUGGCUUUCCUAGCCAGGAAGUUGCCUGGGACCUUCAAUGAAGCCAAGCUGAUCACCUUCAGCAUGUUGGUGUUCUGCAGUGUUUGGGUGUCCUUUGUGCCCACCUACCUGAGCACCAAGGGGAAAUACAUGGUGGCUGUACAGGUCAUCUCCAUCUUGGCCUCAGGUUUGGGCUUACUGGGCUGCAUCUUUCUUCCCAAAUGCUACAUUCCUAUACUGAGGCCUCAUCUGAAUACAAAGGAACACCUAAUGCUGAAAGGGAAAGGUGGGAUCUGA